AGGGCUUCCUGCUCGGGUGAACACGUGGUUCCGCGUCUGCAUCCCUGCUUGUCUGUCAGUGUGUGAAGGUUUCCAGCCCUUCUCUCACUCCUCUCCCCCCUUUUUUUGUCCUCCCGUACAACACAGCAGACCUUCUCCUCUCUUUACUCCGUCCCACCCGCACCUCCACCUCCUGCUACACUUUCCUUCCUUCUCGGAGCGACGGUUCCCGGGACUACCGACAGCCAGGCCGCGGUCACUUCAACGUGUAUCCGCUCGGAGAGAGAGAGAGAGAGAGAGAGAGAGAGGGGGCAGAGGGGGAGAGAGAGAGAGAGAGAGAGAGAGAGAGAGCGAGAGUGUGUGUGUGUGUGUGUGUGUCUGUGAGAAAGUGUGUGUGUGAGAGAGAGUGUGAGUGAGUGCGUGUGCGCGCACCCGCCCGCAACCGGUCCUUCCGUGUUUAUUUCUCCCCACUAUCCCGCCUCGUUAUUCGGUCAUGACGCUGGAAGCGAUCCGCUACCGGGCCGGGUCUCUGCAGAUCCUCAACCAGCUGCUGCUGCCCCACCAGACCGUCUACGAUGAGAUCCGCUCGGUGCAGGACGCUUACGAGGCCAUCAAGUCCAUGAAGGUGCGGGGCGCCCCGGCCAUCGCCAUCGUCGGCUGCCUCAGCCUGGCUGUGGAGUUGCGGGCAGGCACUGGAGGUGAUGACCCUGUGACCUUCAUCAGGGAGUCUCUGUGUCACCUGACGUCAGCCAGGCCAACCGCUGUCAACAUGGGCCGCGCCGCCCGCGAGCUGAUGGAGUUUGCUGAGAACGAGAGCAUGGAGAAGAACUCGGAGCAGCUCAGAGAAAGUGUAAUUGCCUGGAUCGAAGACAUGCUGGAGCGUGACGUCAAUGACAACAGGAAGAUCGGUAACUAUGGCGCCCAGCACAUCCUGUCUGGCGUCCCGCGGGACUCUGUGACCAUCCUCACACACUGCAACACCGGCUCGCUGGCCACAGCUGGAUACGGGACCGCCCUCGGUGUGGUGCGAAGCCUCCACGCGCUGGGUAGGCUGAAGCGUGUGUACUGCACGGAGACGAGGCCGUACAACCAGGGAUCCAGACUGACGGCGUAUGAGGUGGUAGCAGAGGGAAUCCCUGCUACACUCAUCACAGACAGCAUGGCUGCCCUCACCAUGAGAGAAAUGGACAUCACAGCUGUGGUGGUGGGAGCUGACAGGGUGGUUGCCAACGGUGACACAGCCAACAAGGUGGGAACAUACCAGCUGGCCAUCGCUGCAAAACACCAUGGCAUUCCUUUCUAUGUGGCUGCACCCAGCACGUCGUGCGACUUGAGCCUGGAAAGCGGCAGGGACAUCAUCAUCGAAGUGCGCCCCCCCGAGGAACUCACCAGUAUAAACGGAGUCCCCAUCGCUGCCCCGGGUAUCGAGGUGUGGAACCCGGCCUUCGACGUGACCCCUCACCAGCUCAUCACAGGAGGCAUCAUCACAGAGCUGGGAGUCUUCCUCCCCUCUGAGCUCCAGGCGGCACUCACUGGCCGCCUCACUGCCCUCUAGAGCAUAUCCUGCUGGUCCGUGUGCGCCCUGCAACUUAAUGUCACACACUCAAAGACACUCUCAUUUCAUUACACAACACAUACACACAGUCAUAGUUGUGGUUUAAUUUCAUUUUGGUCGACGCACAGUCACUGUUACAUGUCAGUGGUGCACACAGAAGAAGAUAUGUGACUCACCCACACAGUCACUGCAGGGAGUCAAGCAGACACACAUGUGCAGUCUCCCCUUUCUUUUAUGUCCUUCAUUGUUUUCUGUGGUCUCUCCAUUUUACCUUUUACCAAGUUUUCCAUCCCAUCUUUCAUUAUCUCUUGCCACCCCUUUGUCUUUCUAAAUGGCUUCUAUGACAAGGAAUAGCGCUCAGCUGGACUCAAUCCCAUUAAUUCUAUUUGGCAAACAAUUUUUAUGAGUCAUCACUGAGGUAAUUUUUCAGGGCUUCGUCAACUACAGACAAAACAACUUCCAAAAAAGUCUAAGUGUUUAAUUUCAGAGUAGUGGUUUUUAUCAACUGUGGUUUCUCAAAUGCUGCUACCCACUUGUAAAUAUACAUAUCCUCGCUGGUAGUGUGUACAUAUGUAGAAAACUAACCCCUGCUAGUAGAAGGUACCGCUAUUUUAACCAAAUAUGUGGUUAUUUAAAUUUAAAGUUGACAUCAAAAAUGUUAUAUUAACAUUUAAUUUCUUUCAUUCUGUGCAGAAAACUUUUGUAGGAAUAAUCCAAAUUUAUAGCUCAUGGAUUUUCACUACAAGGAAAUAUUAAGUGAUAUGAAAAACCUCAUUUUGCUCUCACUUUUUACCCUCUGCCGCAAAAUUUUGAACAAGUGGAAUUUCUUGAUCAGUCAGCUGAAGCCUAUGACGAUACACGGCUGUAUUUAUACCUCACUCCUUGUUUGCAUCUCGCUAUUCCCAGUUGUACUGUAUCAUACCACACUUGUAUUCUCAUAAUGUACUUAUAUAUAUAUAUGUAGCCAUACUUAUUUCAGCACCAUAAAAAUAUUCACAGUACUGCACAGGUCACUGAACAAAAAAUCUAAAAAAAAGAAAAAAAAGAAAAAAAGGGAAAUUGUCAUUUUGCCGUAACAGCUUUUGCUGUGAGGUCCGUCAUGCUGUUGUAUUUCUGUAAUACAGGCAUCACUAUUAAAGGCAUAGUUCACCUCAAAAUGAAGGUUUGGUCAUCUGCUCACUUGCAUGUCAGAGUUUACUAAUGUUUGUGCAGCCACAAAAUUAUGUUGCUUUUACUUAUUCAGUCAGACUUAUCCCAAAUUAUUUUAAAAUAUCAGUCAACAUGUUUGACAGCCUGUAGAAAUGCUUCAAAAUAAUCAAUUAAUACCUUAAUAUAUCUGUAUUUCCUGCCACUGCAGCAUGUGUUCAACUAGAUCUGCAUCAGAACAAUAAAAAACAAGCUAAAUAUUGGACUUUAAAGCUGAACAAAACACUAUUAUUCUAUUAAAAUGACUCCAUGUAAUGUGAAAGUGACAGACCCGCAGAGAAUUAUCACUCGAGUGAUAAUUCUCUGUGGGUCCGUCACUUUCCCGGUUCCCGUCAGAAGAGUGUUUUAAGCUUUUUUCAUCUCGUUGUUUUGGUUCCAGCUUUACUUUUUUAGUCACAACAGGCAACUGUUUUCAGUGAAAAAUCUCUGGUAAACCCACACUACCUGCUCAGCACCAAACAGACAGGCACAGUUAGCAACUUGCUGCUGAACAUAGUUGAGCAUUAAGCAGCUAAAGAGGCAGAUAUUUCCAUAAGGAGCUUAAGAGAGCUGAAUUGAGGGUAAAUACUGGACUUGCAUUUGUGAGUUGGACACAAACAUGACUCCAAAUAAAUGAUUAUGUUGCUCUCUGGCCACACGAUGUGUAAAUAGGCAUCUGUUUGCUCACAACUUUAUAAGGUGGCAAUAUGUCAGUGUUGUGUUUACAGCUCACUGUGCUGCCCCGAAGUGGACAAAUCCAUUAAUGCAGCUUUUCCAGGUGUUUGACAGUGUUUGGAGAAACAAUUUGACUGUAUAGAUUUGCAAAAAUAUAGUUUUAACUUCAGUGUAAGGCCAUACACACUUCAGAGUUAAUCAAAAACUUUAUGUGGGGGUGAGCAGUAGAUGACUCAUAUCUUUAUUUUGGGGUGAACUAUUUCUUUAGGAUCGGGGGGGAUCUUAUCCACACUGCAGUAUCUGUCUGCAGUAAGCGACACAGCUUGAUGCCACCAACGAUCAGAAUGUAAUAUUCAACUCAGAUGAACUUGCUUUUGUUGGGGGCUGUGAUCAGGACAGACUUCAGACGCUCUUUUUGCCUUUGUACUUCAGAAUGUGUUUUAAAGUUUGACUUAAUCCCUUCUCAUAACUGAAAUGCUGUUGUACUACAGGUUGACAUGCAGGGAGUUUUGACCAUAGUUGUUUCUUGGUCCUGAAGAUGGCAGAACAGGGUUGUAGAGCAGAAAGUGUUAUAUUCAGUUAUCAGAAGCAGACUGAAUUCGUCAUUUGUUAAAUCUAGUGCUGAACUGAUUAGUCAGUUAAAUUAACAGAAAAAAAUAUUCUGUAACUACUUCAAUAACAUAUUAAUCGCUUUUAUGCAAAAAUGCCAAACAUUUACUGGUUGCAGCUUCGCAAACAGUUUUAUAUCACUGUAAAUGGAAUAUCUUUGGGUUUUGGGACUGUUGGUUGGGCAACAUUUGAAAAUGUAGCUGUGAACUCUUGGAGAUUGUGAGGAUUCUUCACAAUUUUCUAAUCAAAAAUCUAAAAUAUCAUAGACUGCUUAAUCGAUAAUGAAAAUAAUAGUUAAUUGCAGCCCUACCCUCAUCAUCCACCCUUACUGACUCUUUAAAAAUUAUAUUGUAGCAGCCAAGACCUGACAGUGACCUAGUAUUCACACAUAAUCAGUACACUGUUAUUGAUUCUUAAAACACAGACUGAAGCUUUUUUAAUAUCCCACGUCAUUCCAAGGUUUUGUACGUGGAAGGUGUAUAACUGAGUUUCUGCAGUUUUGUCACCUGGCCAGUGAUCCUACAAUGUGUUUGUUGUUUUAAGAGGCUCCAUAGAAAAGGCCCAGAUAUGUCGAUCUGCAUGGGACUACUCGCUGUACUGAAUGUCACAGGGCCAGACUCUGGGCCCGCACUGCUCACUGCCUUACAGGUGCAGCACCAAUAUAGCUCACUGAUCAUAACUGGAGAGACAGCAUCCCCUCGGUCCUUCCCUCACCCCGGUUUAUAUCCUGUAGCCAGACCCACCACCUCGUCAAGCUCACAGAAAUCUGGAUAAACUCUCACUUAAGAACUGACGGCGACGAGACUCCUGAGGCAGCCAUUUGAUUCAUUGAGAGUCUGAAGAUGGUUGCCCUCAGAGACUUCUGCCGCACUAACUACAGCACACUGUGUCUCCACCCUUUGAGUGUAAAUGAGUGCAUUUACAUGCGCACUCGUUUCCUGGUUAUGUGUUGUGCAUAUAAACGCCAUAUCCUUGUUUAGGGCACCUAGAUAAGCCCAUAUUUCUGUAUUUUUACAAACCUGAAUAUGGUAGUUGGAGCAUCACAAUAGAAACCAGGAUCUAAUGAAAAAAGCCCCGAUCCAGGUUUCUGCCAUGUUUGCAAGUCCCAAUAGAAACUGAAGUUACAAUGUGGUUAGUCAGGAAAACAAAAAAUACAAUGAUUGUUGCUCUUGUUAAUCAUUUCUGGCGAUCACAUGGAGAAGUUAAAUCAGAAUGGUAAAAACAGCAGAGUUUAGACUCAAAACCACAACACCAAUGUGCAUGUAAACUGACUCACUGACUUCUGUGCUUGAAUUUCUCAGUGAGCUUGAUGAGACGGAGGUCAGAGGUCUGCCCACAUAAUGCGCUACACCCCUCCUGACCUCACACACCGCCCUUGUGGACUUCAUUUAUUUAAACCGGUGACAAAUACACCUUACCUACUCUACAGGACCGCUGAGAGGUCCAGAGAAAACACCCUAAAAAAAAGGUUAAUGUCAGUAAUAAUAAUUGCAGUAUCCAUAGUGUCAUUGUCCAUAUCUUGCUGUAAUAUAAGCUCACUUCUUCCUUCACUUGCAUCUUCCUUUUCCUCUUCACUUGUUUUCCUGUCCACCCAUCAAACCUCAACUCACAAAGAUGCUGUUAGGUCACACACGAGCGUAAAAGACACUUGUGUAUUUGAAUUUUCUUUCUUUUGUUUUGUACAGUUUAAGACAUCGCGUGUUUGGGGGCAAAUUUAGACAAUGUUCCAGACAUAUGUAGCAACUUUGUGGCCCGUCAGACCCGCCACAUGUUAUUCCUUUCUAAAUCUUUAAGAGGUUUCAGAUUUUUGUUUGUCUGUACAUCAUGAUUAUAACUGGCUGUGGUUUGUUGUUUUAUUUCAUGCCAUUGUGAUUCCUAGUGACUAGGCCAUUAGUACACCACACUGGGGAGGCCUCCUCAACCAUACACACUACCUCUCCGUCUGCCUACACGGACUCAACCACUGAAAUGCAUGAACACAAGCACUCAACGUGCCAGGCUGCAGCAGAGCAGAUUGACAGAUUGCGUGAAAAAAAAAAAAAAAUCUGGACUAAAAUUCUUCAUAUCUUACAAAUGUUUGUAUCUUGGACCCAUAGUGACAAAUACUUUGUGGCGGUGCUUUUAGUUUGCCAAAGUAGAUUCAGGCUAGUGCGUUAUGUUGGGUUGCAGCUGAAUUGUUUCUGCAUUACGCUAUGAUUUUUACACCAUGCUUUUGAAGCAGCAGCAAUGUAGUACUGCAUUUAAAAAAGAUGUUCCUCCAACCUCCCCUCGAAACGCCCUGUACAUGCCUAAUAAUCAGGUGCCAUAAUUCAGCGCUGCUUGCCACUAUUGUCCACAUUGAUUUGACUAAUCAAAGCAGGUGCUUGUGUAUUAUUCUCAAUAUUAAGUAUGGUCUGCAAUCACCAUGGAAGGAGUGUUGUUCAGAUGGCCUCUUUAGGUGCAAGUAUGUUAUUGUUGUUAUUGAUAAUCACUCGAUCUGGGUUUAUUUUGUAACAUGUGGAAAUAGUUAAAAACUGGAUUUUUUUUAUAUAUACGUAUAUGAAUAUAAUGCUGUAAAGUGCAGUCAUGAAUUACGAGAUUUCUCUUUCACAUCAAUACAGUAAAAAGAAUAAAACCACA